CUCGGAUGGCGCGGAGGUUAUGUUGACACGCGCGCGCUCGCAUAAUCUUGACCGCGAGAUUGGUUCUCGUGGUUCUUAGUGCGUCAAGUUUGCCGAGGUUCCUCGCGCGUUGACGGUGCGUGUCCCGGGGUUCGCGCGCCGUCGAUGACGUCGGGAUCGAUCGGUUAGCGGAGGCGAUGACUGGUGAUGACUCCAGGUUGGCAGCAGUGCUGAUAUUGGCGAGCGAGACAAGUGCCGUACGGACCAAACGCUUCGCGCUUCCGUUACAUUUUAUUUGUGUGUGGUGUGGCCGUGCUGUGCGCGGGGAGGAAACGGAAGAGGGAGGGGGGGAGGGAGAGAGAGAGAGAGAGAGAGAGGAGAGAAAAGAAAAAAGUGUCAAGAUGCAUGCGCCGCAGCGCUCGUGAGUUGGUUAGGCGGCGCGCGAGGACGAGUAAAAUUCUGCCGUGGCACCGAGGAAGGUGCACCCGCGGUUUCCCCGCCCCUCUCCCCCUCCGCAUGGAAUGUGAGUUAGAUGACGGACUCAAGAUAGUCCUUCCACCUGGUAACAUGUCAGAUGGGGUUGACGGUGGUGGUGGGGAAAACGAGGUAGACUCUCAUUCCUCUUCGCAAGCCGAGGGUGGAGACUCUUCUAAUCACAGAGAGGAAGAGGCGUUAGAUCCCGAUAACGAGGCGGCUCUCAAUACCAAUUACGACAGUAGCGAUGGAGCUGUUCCUGUGUUUAGAUGUGAUAGAUGUGACAAUUAUGAAACUAUAAACAAGACAGCUUUCUCCGCUCAUCAAGAUCAAUGUCUGGCGAGCGGCGAAGCUGGAGAGAGCACUGAAGGCAUAGAAGGGGCAGAAAAUGAUGGGGAUGGGGAGGAGGGCCAUUCGGGGAUCAGGUCUCACAGAAAGAUGUUUGAAUGUGAUGUCUGUAACAUGAAAUUCUCAAAUGGAGCUAAUAUGAGACGACACAAGAUGAGGCAUACUGGUGUGAAACCAUACGAAUGUCGGGUAUGUCAGAAGAGAUUCUUUCGGAAGGACCAUCUCGCAGAACACUUUACAACGCAUUCAAAAACUUUGCCAUACCAUUGCCCGAUAUGUAACCGAGGUUUCCAAAGACAGAUCGCGAUGCGCGCUCACUUUCAGAACGAGCAUGUCGGUCAGCACGAUAUGGUCAAGUCGUGCCCCCUUUGCAAUUAUCGUGCAGCGACCAUGAAAUGCCUUAGGUUGCACUUCUUUAAUAGACAUGGAAUAGAUUUAGAUAAUCCAGGACCAAAUAGCUCUACGUCCAUAAUGAAUAGUUGCACGUCUGGGGAAGCAAUGCCUUCGGCACCUCUGUCCGACAGUGGAGACAGCACUGGCAAUCGUUCGACAGACAAUGCUACGCCUCCAAUGCAUUUUCUUACGCCCCACGUGGAGAUAUCCAUUCCUUACCCUGAACAAGCUGCCAACCAACGAAACCCAAGUCCUGCCCCAUUGAACGGAGACAGUCCCAAUAGUCCACAGAGCGCCGAUAGCAAUAGCAACGCGCCAAGCAGUAGUCAUCAUCAGUUAUCAAUUAAUAGCAGUACCAUUCAUAGGAACGUAGGUGGAGGCGAUGAAGCCAUUACACCUUCGAUCUCCUUGAUACCUAUUAAGCAGGAGCCAAACAGCAACGGUAUGGACGACAACGGGGCGACGUCGAGCAAUCUACCGUUGCCAUCGCUGAUCAAAGUGUCACCGUUAAAGUCGCUGCUGCGCGAUGAUUUGCGCCGUAAGCUCUCCACUAAUUCCACCAAUAAUAACAAUAACAGUAGUAACAACAGUGGUUGUGGUGGCGGCGGCGGCGGCGUUAAUUCUAAUCCACACUCGAGGGGCGAGCCACCCACCUCGACCAGGCCAGAUCCUCGCACGAGCGGCCUUCAGUGCACCCACUGUCGUAUCACGUUUCCGGAUCAGACGUUGUACUUCCUCCACAAAGGUUGUCACAGCGAGAGUAAUCCGUGGAAGUGCAAUAUUUGCGGGGAGCAGUGUUGUAAUCUGUACCAGUUCAACUCGCAUUUACUGAGCAAGAGUCAUCAGUAGCUGAGAGAAGAAAGCAGAGAGAACCUGUGGUUCGAAAUUCGUCUUUCCUCUUUCCGUUUCUUUUAUUUCUUUUCUUUUUCUUCGUUGAACGAAACAAAACGGCAGGAGAUUCGAUACGUAUGCCGUACGUACAUACGUACAUACGUAUGUUCAGUGUUCAUUAGCAUCAAGGUAUAAAUUUUCUGCGACGUGCUUAGACAUACUUUUCGCUAAAAAUAUUUUCAAGAAAUAAAAGAAUGCGCUCGCUGGAAUACGAUGGCGAGUCAAUCUAAUUGUAAAUGAUUCUUAAGAAUUCGAAAGAAGGUAUGUCUGCUCCCUCAGAAAAUAAUGUACAAAGCGCGACAAAUUGUGCCUUUCCUUUAAAAAGAAAGAAAAGGGGGAAAAACGCGAAAAAAAUUGCCAACACACACUCGUCCAUCAUGCUGUUAUAUUGUACGAAUUAUCCGUCCAUAGAGCUUUAUCGAGAUAUUCCGAGCUCUAUCAUUAGUCUUAUUUUAGUAAAAUAAGUAUGAAAAAGCAACGGGGCAUGUUGCAAAUUGCCCUGUCAAUAAUUGCGCGCGCGCGCGCGUGUGUGUAUGUGUGUGUGCACGCAUACAUACACAUAUAGAGCUAUGUCGUACUUUUAUCACAAAAAAGUACAACAUUAAAUUUCAAGUAAAUAGAUAGACUAUUUAGUUGACGCUGUGCGAUUUGGGUUGAAAUAAACGCGACGCCACGGAUAUAGUUUAUUGGAAGUCUAUUUUACAUAGGGGAGAGAGAGAGAGAAAGAGAGAGUGAGGAGAGGGGGGAGAAAAAGCGUAUUUAUUAAAGUUUACUUACACAUCCGUAACGUGUCAGUGCCUGUCCGCUCAGUUCGUGAUUUUCCAUCAGUGUCAGUGAUGAUAAGUAUUAUUUUUUUGAAUGGACAUGUUCACACAUGCAUGUCCAGCACAGUAUUGUGACCGGCACUCUCAAUCUCAGUUUAGUAUCUGUUCAGUAACAUUGUGUUCAUCGUCAAUGAUAUUUUUACUUUUUCACGGACGGAUAACGACAGUUAGUAUUUAUCUGUGGUUCAUUCAAUAUCAAAUCAUUUUUUAGGAUCAGGUUGUGAAUUUGGAUGCAAAUAGAAUAUUAUAUCUAUCGCGUAAUUUUUUAUAUUAACCGGAUGACCUUUUUGGUGUCUAUUUUACCGUAAAGUUAUAUGAUAAAUAAUAUUCUAUUUGCAUUUAAAUUUAAGACUUAAUUUUAAAAAAUUUGCUUGACAUGGAAAGACUAUUGUAAAUUAAAAAAAAUUUUUUGAUAGAAAUUUUCUUUUAUCUUUAAUUAAUUCUUUGUGCAAAGUAACAAACUCUUUUUUUCAUUCAACCUUCUCUUUUUUCCAUUCUUGCAUUAAUUUCCUUUUUUUCGUCUUAUUUUCUUUAUUGUUAUCGUCCAAACUUAUAACAACUAUUGCUAACUGGUCAUCCGUAAAAUGAGCCAUUUGGCAAUCCCUGACAUCAAACUAAUCAAAUUGCACGGAUAUGUCAUUAAAACGUCAUGGAUGUCACUAACAAGGUACUGAUACGGUAUUAACACGUUACGGGUAUGGGUAAAUUGAUCUUAAUUGUUCCAAAAUUAGAUCGUAUAAAAAACAAAAAACUGCAUAUACAAAGUAAAGAAAGAAAAAGAAAGUAUACAUGUGCAGAUUUAAAUUUGAAAGUGGAUAUAUGUGCAUAAAAUUUAUAUAGCAUAAAAGCAUAAAAGCCACAUCGCAAAUAAUCGAAGGUUAUCUUUUAGUGACCGCGCAAUUUAAAUUUCUACACUGUGAAGUGAUUCUGUUGAGACGUUGUGUGUACAAAUUCGGAAGAAUCCGAAGCGUCGCGUUCAUCGAAAGCACAUUAGCGCGGCGAUAUAUCUCGUAUUGAUUCAUGUGGAUACCGUUGGAUCGCGACGCGAUUUGUCGGUAGUGACGUGGUUAUUUCGGAAGAUAUUGCCGCGCGAGUUCUAUCUUCUUUCUCUUUUAGAUAGGGACGUUGUAUCGCACCAGUGAUAAGCCGGUGCAAAACCAUGAAGCGAGAAUGUACAGGACACAAAAGUUAGCCAGGCGUGCGUUAUUAAUUAUUAAUACGACCAGGGAGCAAGUUCGAGAGGUGUGACCUUUUGCCAAAGGCUCGUACAUACCAGGGGCAGGUAUCUUGAUGUCCGUUCACUUUCGCCGAGGUCAUUUCUCUCUGCCUUUCUCACCUUUGAUCCGCGAUAAAUAUUUUAUAUAUAAAUAUUUGUACAGAAAAAAGAUAUUAGAGGAGAGAGAGAAAAAUAUGAAAAGAGGGAAGAAAAUUGAAAUAGCAUAUAUAUGUAUACACGUAGAGUCACGUACAUAUAAACAGACACACACAGAUAUAUGUAUACACAGAUAUUAUAUAAAUAAAAAAAAAUAUAUUAGAUAUAUGUGCCGUCUCGCGCAAUGAGACGGAGAGAUACACAUACACGCGGACACUGCUGUAAAUGGUUGUAGUUAUUUAAAUAAUUAUUCUGUAUAUCGCGUAGUAUUUAAUACGAUUAUAAUUAUUUAUUAAAUCUAAGUAAUUUAUUAUUGCUUUGCAUUCCAAGAGAAUCGGAGAUCACGGGACUAUACGAUUAAAUAAGCGAAUGUCUUAAGCGUUAACGGUGCUUUUCUAACAGAAUCGCGUAAUAUAAUUUACACAACUGGCGAUUCAUGUAUAAAAAAAGCAAGAAGAGGCGGAAAGGGAAAAAGAAACAAUGAAUAUUGCGAGAUUCGGAUCGGAUAGAUCUCGUACGUAAAACGAAUGCAACGUACGAAUUAUUACUAUCUUCGAUCGACACAACAUAUUUAAGAGCUGUCGCGAAACUACCACUAUUUUGUACGCAGGGCACGUAUGUUCAUUAUUAGGGACACGUUCGUCAUUCGCACUUUCGAUCCUUAUUAUUAAAGCAUCAUUGACGUACAAAUCUUUUUAGAUACCUUUACAAAAAAAAAAAAGAUAUACGCGCUUGUCGUACUUUCGUGCAGCUCCUCGGGGCGGAACCGUGAACAUAAAAGUGCCUGAUUGGGAAUAAUUCAUCGGAGGAUAAAAGAAAGUUGCGUGUAUUCAUGCGAAGAAAGGGACGAAAGAGCCUUCGAUCGAAGAAAGAAAAAGAAAGAGAGAGAACGAAAGGUGUGAUUUAAAAAUACAGAUAUACAGGACGCACGAGCGUGUGUUAACCCGUGUUCACCAUAUGUGCUUACCGCUUUAGCGUAUAUAGCAAUGCCUUUACACUGUGAUCACGUUUACAAAGAAAAUAGUCUUAAAGCUAGAAGAUAGACGUAAAGGUAUGUAUCUUAUGGCAAACGAGAGUACGACAAGCACAGCCUUGAGUGUAAGACAGGCGUUUAGACACCCACGACAAACUAUUCACACCUACCUUAUUGUCUCCCCUCUCCCUUAGAUUUCCCUUUCCCUCACCUACUUUCCCACAAUUAAUUUAUACAUACGAAUAAAGAAUAUAUUUAAAUCGAUAAGAAUAAAAAAAUAUUGUUGAUGUUACUACGGUGUAAUGGGUACAAUCUAAAUACAUGAAUAUUAUGUAUAUAAGGAAUAGAACGAAGAAUUUUUAUCGUA